AUGCUACACUCGGUUUUCCUUCUUUCUCUGCUUUCGAGUACGGCCUUUGCCGAGCUUUCGAAAAGCAACUUGAAGACUUAUGUUGGAAGCCUAGAGCUUUCGACUCCUUUCUCGCCAAUCAAGGAUGACUACCGCACUGGACUACCACACCACCACCGCACGCCUUUUGCGGUCUCACCGGAUGGAAAGUCGGCAUAUCUCGCAUACCUUGGGGCAUCAGGAAAGGGAGUCCAUGUACAGAAGGUUGAUCCUGUUACCUUCAAGGCCGUCGGAGAUGCUGUGACGGUGAGUUGCGCAAAGGAGGCCGGCGGUCUCGUCGCUCAUAAUGAUGGAUUCGCCCUUCUUACCAACGAGCCCAUGGAUGCCGGAACGCAAAAAGCACCUCCUAAAGGAGAUCCAGUAGCUGUAAUCUACCGUUGGACACGCGGAAAGCGAGCUUUUAAGACAUUCCUUGGUGGUCCGGACAAUGUCGGUGAGGCAGGCGCAGUGUGUUCACCCUAUCUGAAUGGUGAUCUUGCUUAUUCCGAGGACACUGGCAUGUAUGGAGCCUAUUUUGUUGUCACCAGUUACGAUGGCCCUGCACAGGGCCACUUUGGUGAUUCUAUACAAUACAUCAACGAUAACGGCACCAUUCAGAAAAUCGAGGGCGCCACUAAAAACUGGGGGUGCUCAUUCAACACUGGCAUUGCACUUGCGGCUUCUGCCUCCGCACCUUUUGCCAGUGUUUGCGCUGACGACCAGGGCGGAAUCUGGCUUAACACAGGUGGUACUGGAAUGGACAAGACUGGUGUGAAGGUCUCGAACGAAUACGCUAGGAACGGUGCUUCGAACGAGCCCAUGGGAGGCGUCUCUGGUUCCUACAGCAGUCUUACGCGCUUCAUCAACAAGGACUCGUACAUAUUCACCUGGGUAUCGCGCGGUUCCAAGGAUUUGACAGAGAACAAGCAACUGGGCGAAGGAUACACGACUUCCUCGUACCGCACCAAGAACCGUAACGUCGCUAUCGCUACCUUUUCCGACAAGAAGACCCUGGUCGGCAAGCAAGCCACUAACCAGCCCGGACCCGAUGGCGACUCGCAAGUUAACUGGAUCACAACUGGAUCUUCUGAUUGCCAGAAUGCCCAUGUAGCCGCUUUUGAUGGUUCAAACGCACUCGUCACAUGGGAAGAGAUUGCGGAGCCAACUUGCAACUUCCCAGCUAUGGGCUGCCAGGGUGAAUUCUCGGGCACUUACUUCCAGCUCGUCAAGGAUGGCAAGAAGGUUGGCGAGCCGAUCAAGUCUAUGGAUGUGUAUGUUGCUGGAGACAUGGUCACCAUGGCUGAUGGCCGUAUCUGCUGGCCUUAUGUUGAUAUGAGCUGGUCCCUCAACGGUCCUGUUGCCGAUCGAAAGACGACCAAUGCUAUCAGCUUCGCAUGCAUUUCAUCU